GCGUUUUUGCCAAGUUUAUUUGAAAUGCGGAUGAAGAAAAAGUGAAUGGGAAAUGAUUUUGACCUCUCCACACUGAUUGAUUACUAAUUCAUCCCUGCAGUUUAAUUGGGAUCCAUUCAAUUGGGAAGGUGGAGCACUUGGAUGAAUUAACAUAUUCCUUUCCCCCCUCAAUCUGUGUUGAAGUGUCUUUGAAAGGGGCAAGGAAAGGGGGUCGUGGCUUAACAUUAUAAAGGAAAAAAUAAGACAGCAUUGCCGUCUUGGUUGGUGUUGAAUACGCGUCUUGACAGGCUUUUGUAAAAGCAAAAGACCGGGAAAGAUCUCCAAAGACGAGCGCUAUUUAGUAUUUUGAAAUCAUCAAAUCCCCCUGUCCAUUGACAAAAAUCUCUUCUCUGCACUUGAAAAUGAAACUUUUGCCUAUUUGCACUUGGCUUCUUUGCCUUUUGCUUUUUAUCGUGUGCUUGGGAUCUGAAUGUGGGACUCCACGGCGAAUUGUAAGGUCUAAAAGAGACUUGGUACGCAUCAGGGAAGCCAGAAGUACCUUCCCAGGACCUUGUGCCACACGCAUGCCUCGGGGCAAACGCUCACUUCCCGGGAUAGAUCGGCGCUCCCCGCGCCUGUCACAGGCGGGGGAAAGCAGCCCAGGACGGCGGAGGGCUGUUUACUUUACCGGUCGAGGAGACCAACUGCGUCUGAAACCCAAUGCAGAGGUGCCAAGGGGUAAUUUCACCCUGGAAAUGUGGAUAAAACCUGAGGGUGGGCAGCGCUCUCCAGCUGUUAUCGGAGGUCUCUUUGAUAAAUGCUUCUACGCAUCCAGUGAUAGAGGGUGGUUAUUUGGCAUCAAAGCAGUCAGCGACCAAGCCAACCGUGACCCUCGCUUCUUCUUCUCUCUCAAAACGGACCGAGCCCACAAGCUCACCACGAUCACCUCCAAUGCACCCUACACUCCCAAUCAAUGGUCACACGUGGCCAUCACCUACAACGGUCUCUUUAUGAAGCUAUACAUAAAUGGGGCACAGGUUGCUGUAAGCCGAGACCAAUCUGGUGAGAUUUUCAGCCCUCUUACCAAGAAGUGCAAGGUGCUAAUGAUCGGUGGCAACGCCUUAAAUCACAACUACAGGGGUACGAUGGAACACUUGAGCUUGUGGCAUCGGGCUCUGAGCCAGCGUGAGAUCAUUAGAUACAUGGGUCACAGUCUGGGUCAGUUUGGUGACCUCUCUCAGCUAGUCAUUCAUGAGAACUUUGAGAACAUGUCAAGACGGUGGCUGACGGUGAAAGAUGGGAGCUUCCCCCGGUUGGAGGACUCAGACAGAAACCUGGCGGCUGUCCUCAGUGAUGCUGCACUGAAACCUCCACCUUGCGGACAGACUGUAUGUGACAAUGUGGAGGUAAUUACAAACUAUUACCAGCUCUGGAGCUUCCGCAAACCCAAGACGGUGCGCUAUCGAGUGAUAAACGUCUACGACGAUGACGGACGGUGGCCGACGAUUACAGACCACCAGCUCAACCUUCAGCACCAGCACUUGAACAAUGCUUUCCGUGUCUACAACAUUUCCUGGGAGCGCACCGUUCACAACGUCUACAACUCGUCCUUACGUAAACGCCUAAUACUUGCCAACUGUGAUAUCAGCAAAGUAGGCGAUGAAGAGUGCGAUCCAGAAUGUAACCAUAUGCUUACUGGCUUUGACGCCGGAUACUGUAAGAGGCAGAGCACACACUGCCCCGAAUACAAGCAGGGGAACGGGGUUUGUGACCCAGAGUGUAACUGGGACAAUUUCUAUUACGAUCAUGGGGACUGCUGCAACCCCAACAUCACUGAUGUCACCAAGACCUGCUUUAAUCCUGCAUCACCCCACAGGGCUUACAUGAAUGUGAAGGAGCUGAAAGAGGUUUUGAAUUUGGAUGGAUCUACACACUUGAACAUCUUCUUUGCUAACUCAUCUGAUGAAGAUGUGGCUGGCGUGGGCACUUGGCCCUGGGAUAAAGAAGCUUUAACACAUUUAGGUGGGAUUGUAUUAAACCCUUCAUUUUAUGGUACAUUUGGCCACACUCACACCAUGAUCCAUGAGAUUGGCCACAGCCUUGGACUGUACCAUGUCUUCAGGGGAAUCUCAGAAGUGGAGUCCUGUAACGAUGCCUGCUUAGAGACUGAGCCUUCUCUUGAGACAGGAGAUCUGUGUGUAGAUACCAAUCCCACACCCAAGUACAAGUACUGUAGAGAUCCUGAGCCAGGCAACGACACCUGCGGCAGACGUCAUUUCAUAAACACCCCCUUCAACAAUUACAUGAGCUAUGCUGAUGAUGACUGCACAGAUUCCUUCACGCUGAACCAGGUGGCCCGGAUGCACUGUUACCUGGAUCUGAUCUACCAGUCUUGGAGACCUGGAAGUAAACCAGCUCCUGUUCCUCUAACUCCUCGAGUUACAGCCCAGGACCAAGACUCUGUUACACUAGAGUGGUUCCCUGCCCUCACUGGCCAUAACUUAGACAGAGAAGUGGGAUCAGUUUGUGACAGAUGUACUGAAGUUGGGGUGCUCCUGCAGUAUGCCUCAAAUUCCUCUUCUCCCAGACCCUGUGCUCCCUCUGGCUACUGGAGCCCUCGUGAAGCAGAAGGUCCACCAGACGUAGAGCAGGCCUGUGAAGCGAGCGUCAGCACUUGGAGCCCCAACGCCGGCCUAGACUCAAGUAGUGUUGGUUCGGCGACGUGCCCACCCCAGGGCUGUAUGCUGCAGCUCGAGUUUGCCUAUCCACUGGUGCCUGACUCCCUCACAGUUUGGGUCACCUUCUUCUCUCCAGAGGAGACUGGACUUCCUGCAGUUCACGAUAUCCUUCUGCUGACCCUCAGUGGCAACAACAUCUCACUGGGUCCACAGUAUGUGUUCUGUGACACACCGUUGACGCUUAAACUAGAUGUGAAGGAGGAGGUUUAUGGGGUGCAGUUCUUCACCAUGGAGCAGCACUUGGAAAUCGAUGCCACAUUGCUCACCUCAAAGCCAGACAAUCCUCUGUGCCGGUCGUGUCAUCCUCUACGAUAUAGACUGAUUCGUCAGCCACCAUUCACACAUUCACCACAUGGGCUGAUCCUUCAGGAACCCACUCUGAGAUAUGUGGACAGGGACAUAAAGCCUGAUGAGACGUACACCUACCACGUGCUGACAGUGUCUAGAACAGCAGAGAGUGAACCAUCUCCUCCUCUCUCUCACCAGCUGGGCUCACCCUACUGUGGAGAUGGACUCGUCCAAAAAUAUCUUGGAGAGCAAUGUGAUGACAUGAACUUCGCUAAUGGAGAUGGCUGCUCAAAUCAGUGCAAGAAAGAGCCGUUGUUCAACUGUGUUGAUGAACCCAGCUUGUGUUAUUUCUAUGACGGUGAUGGUGUGUGUGAGGACUUUGAGCGGGAGGCGAGCGUAAGGGACUGUGGCCUCUACACCCCAAGCGGCUUCCUGGAUCAAUGGGCCACUGCCGUGCAAGUGUCCAACGAGGAGAAGAUACACUGUCCAGCGGAGGUGGCUGUUGGAUACCCUGCAGUGACAAAGAGCUGUCAGUCGAAGGUGUUUGACCUGUCACACAGCGUGUCUCAGUACGCUUGGUUUCCUUGUGAGGAGUCUCAGCAGCACAGCUGGACUUCACGAUUUUGGCUGAAGGCCUAUUACGCCCAUCCUAUGGUGGCUGCCGCGGUCAUUAUACAUCUGGCUGCUGACGGAACAGCCGACAUCGACCAGAGACAACACAACAUUACUGUUCAGCUGUUGGACACUAAGGAGCAAACCCACCCUCUCGGGGACUGGAGGCUGAGCUGCCGGAACAAUCCACUGGUGAUUCCUGUGAGUCAUGACCUGAGUGUGGCCUUCUACCGGACAAAAGCCAUUAUAGUGAGCUUCAGCUCUUCUCUGGUGGCCAUCUCAGGUGUUGGGCUGCGCUCCUUUCAAUAUUUUGACCCCAUCACUAUCAGCGGCUGCCAGAGCAAUGAAAUCUACAACCCCAUGGGCCAAAGUUGUGUUCAUUACUCGUGUGACGCCACUGAAUGUCAGAAGCCAAUGGUCAGUAAUGCAGAAAUGAAGUGCAAUGGUCCUGGAUACUUCAAUGGAGCUCGCUGCACUAUCACCUGCAACCGAGGAUAUACACUGAAGAUACACCGAGAUGAUGAUAUCAUUAAAACACAGUCUGAAUCCAUGGUGACCCUCACCUGUGCAGAUGGGAAAUGGAACAAGCAGGUGACCUGUGAACCUGUGGACUGCGGGCGGCCUGACAAGUACCACGUGCACCCGGCUGUCUUUGAGUUCUCUGAGGGAACCACCUACGGCAAGAAAUGCACUUUUCAAUGCCGGGAGCCGGCUCAGCUUGUGGGCAGUAAUAACGUGCUGACGUGUAUGGAGGAUGGCUUGUGGUCCUUCCCUGAGGCUCUCUGUGAGCUGCGUUGUCCGGUCCCUCCUCCUGUACCCAACGCUGUUCUGCAGACCAAACGCUGCAAUGCCACAGGCCUCAAAGUUGGGUCUUUCUGCAAGUACAAGUGCAAGCCUGGCUACCAUGUGCCCCACACAGACAAGCCCAAGAGGUCAGUGCCUGUGAUGUACCACAGGCGUGCAUUUAAGCGGCAGUGUACAGAGGAUGGAACCUGGCAGUCGGGUGAGUGUGUGGCAGUCACAUGUGAGCCACCUCCUCCCAUUUUCCAUGGUACCUACAAGUGCACAAACGGCUUUCAGUUUAACAGCGACUGCUGGAUCGACUGCAACAGGGCUAACCACACGGUGAGACAGCACAGCCGCUGCAAGCAGGGUCCUUCCACCAACGUGAUCCGAUGCCGAAAGGAUGGGAACUGGACUGGUUCCUUCCGUCUUUGCCCCAACCUGACAGGCCAGUGUUCCCUUCCACAGAAUCUCAGUCCAACUAUCCAUCUCAACUGCAAGGAUGGACAUGACAUAGGAAAGGAGUGUGAGGUGGCCUGUAGAGAUUCUAGCAGCAGUGUGGUCCUCCUGCCCAGCAACAUGAGCGUUGCAGCUGUGAUGAAAGACCAUUGGUGGAACCCACCCGAAGUUAAGAACAUUGUAUGCACCAUGGGACUAAAGUGGUACCCUAACCCAGAGGCCCUCCAUUGCAUAAAGGGAUGCGAACCGUUCAUGGGUGAUAAUUACUGCGACGCCAUCAACAACCGAGCGUUCUGCAACUAUGAUGGAGGAGACUGCUGCCAUUCUACUGUUAAAACCAAAAAGGUGAUUCCAUUCCCUAUGUCAUGUGACAUUCGAGAAGACUGUGCAUGUCGAGACCCCGACACCCAGGAGAACAACAAAGGACUCCGCCACAGGUCCUUUGGCUGAGCUUUGUACCCACUGUGGCACCCAGGGGGCCUGCUGGGAAACCAUUCUUUUCUACAUGCUGCUUAUAAGAGGGCCUUUUCACUCGCACCGCAAAUCAAACAGCAACAACUUGAGAGGGUAUGACACUCAAAAACAAACAACCAACCAAACACAUCAACAACAGGUUUCGCAAAGGACAAGAAGUGGAAGUUCUAUGAAUGACUUUCUGGCAAAAGCAACCAUAGAUGUCAUCAAACUAAAGCUCAAACAAGCCUGGGCUGACAGUUUUGAUGUUUUAUGUUUGCUUUCAUUGAUCAUUAUUUGUAAAGCGCAACCAUGGCAAUGUUGUUCUUAUGUAGAGCCAGAGGAAUAAGGGAGGAAAGGAAAAAAUGUAGCUGUUAAUGUUUGACUGUAGUCAGAAAAUGGGACGAUUCCAAUCGAGUCAAAUGCAAGACCUCCAAACUAAAGCAAAUCGAUGAAUGAGAGGACCUCUGAUGCUUUCACGAUGCCCCUUAACACCUGACCUCUGAGACUGUCUUGAUGACAGUUUAGCCAUACGCUGUGUCCUCUCAUAUCAAGAGUCCUCUGUGUUCUUAUAUUUAUCAUUUCAGAUAUCAAAGAGGAAAUGCAUACAAAUGGACCUUAAUAUCAAAUCCAAAUUUGUGUCACACGAAUGGCUUGCACUCUUCUGAAUGUUUGAGCUGCUCGUACUCACUAGGAAAAAAAAAAAUCUGGCUGAAAACCUCAGCGCCUGUAUGAAACAUCGAGGGAUGAUGGGAAUGUUUCACAGUGCAUAGGAAGAUGUACGAGUGCAGCUGCUGUGGUCCUAAAUCACAAAAUCCUGUAUAUCAGCAAGAAAUGCACAAAUCUGAUGCCGAAAAAUCAUCAGAGGAGGUGUUGAUCCAGUGAGUUACAUCCAGAGAGAGAGAGCUUGUGAAAGAAGCUGUGUUAGCACAGCUGUUGCUGCUAGUUUUGCUGCCAUGGCCAUGCUGCCAAUUCUGUCUAUGGACAGUUUGUAGUUUAGUCUGCCAUAGAUUUUACCUCUGGGCAAAAUGCAGUUAUAUCAACUUUACAGGAAUACAUAUAUUCAUAUAGACGCAAACAGCUUUAUACAUGUAGAUAUGCCAACAGGUUCCCCUCUGCAGAAAAAAAGGCUGUUUUGUAUGGACCCUUGGGCUGUCAAAGUUCACACACUAAUUGACAUAAUGUUUUCAUUCUGUUCUGUGUGAUUUUCUAAAAACUGAUCUGAGCUGAACAUUCGGAGCUCAUUGAAAUGGAUUGCGUACCCGUGUUGCUAUCAGUAAAUGGAGAAAGAUGUUCUUCAUGGAUAAUUUAUUUAUAAAUCAAUCCCUGAUGGGACGUAUUUCCUGCCUGCCUGUUUGGUGCAGUUUGAUAAAUAUGAUUAAUGGCAAUAAUUAGAUUGACUACAGAAUUUAUUUUUGAAACAAGUAAAAAUUUAGCCCUGUCUGGUGUCCUAUAUAGACAUAUCAUCCACAUCAAUUGCCAAGCUCAAAUACACAUAUUCCCUGGAACUGAAUGUGUUAAUGCUGUGCAUUAGAACUAUGAAACAGAUUAUGAGAUUAAUCAUUUUAAUAGAUUGAUAGCCCUAUUAGAGACUCAAUAGCCACUGAGAUGACUGACUAAAAGAGAAAUACAAUUAUAUACACACUGACACAGCAUAUCCCAGACACAAUUAAUAAUUCAAAUAAAAUGGGCAGUCAGUCAGCAUUUGCUUGAUGAUGAAGAACAACUAAAGGGCAUUCAGGACAAUGACAUAUUUUAUUAGGAGCCAUGUGUUAAUUCAGAAGUAAUGCCAAAUUAUAAGAAAAGUGAGUUAAAUAUUGACACAAAGAAUGUAAUUUAGGCUUCAUUGUGAAUAUAAUAAGCAUUUAGCAUCAAGGUGUUUGUGCUAAUCUAAUGUAGCAAUAUAUUUGUAAAGAAAAGAGCAGUUUAACUGUGUAGAAAACAUGAUAUAAUUUCAGACUUUGCAGUCCAUUUUCAUCUGGCAUUUUGUAAUACAAAUAUCUAAUUGGCAGAUAUGCCAUCGGUGCUUCCCUUUUUGUGGUGCUCAUUAUUUUUGUGAAAAAUAACAGUAACAUUAGCGCAUAACAGCAGUGUAUGUAACAACUGGCUUGAUGUUCAACACAAUUGCAAAUAUGCUAUUUUGUAGUUAGUGUAAUAACAGGCAUUGUUAAGAUUUAUAUUUAUAUGUACACCAGUGUAAAACUAGAGAGAGGAGUCUAUGGUGGUGUGGUAGUUAAUGGCAGUCAGUAUGACCCUAUUAAACACAUUAUCUUUUAAUACCUACAUAUUGGUAUACAAACCACUUUUAGAAAGUAUAGAACAUCUAAGAAGCAUAAAAAUGUCUUAGAAGCAUUUAUCAGCCACCCUCACAAUCUCCCUGAGCUCUCGCAAAUACAUCUAAAUGACAUCUUUCUCAUUACAUUAGCAAAUUAGCAUAGAAACAACAACAACUGUUGUGAUAGCAGAAGUGAAGCUACUUAUCAAACCAGAAUAUCCCAACAUCACAGGUUGUCUCAGCUCAGCCAAUGAUAAGAGGUUAUUUCUAUGGCAUUAAGGUCUAACAGUGAACAUUCUCUUUUUUUCAGAAGUGAAGAGUUUAAGGUAGGAAGGGCCUUGUAUGUAUAUUUACAUCUGGUGGUUUUGGUCAACUGUAUCUCUGUCAAUCAAUAUUUUUAUCUUUGACCACAGUUGCUGCACUUCUUUGAACAGUUGUUUUGUUGAUGAAAUAGUAAAAAAAGAAAAAAAGUUUACCAUAAAAAAGCUGCUAUGGUCAGACAGGUUAUCACAAUUGUUAAAUUAAAUAUAUAGUUGUUUCGUGUAUGACAUCAUUGAAUAGUACUUUAUACUGUGUGUUGUUAUGUUCUUCUCUUUUCACUACCUUGAAACAGUGAGUAUAAAAGAGAAAUGUGUGUAGUCCGACCAUCAAAGGAUAUCCAAAGGAAAAAAAUCUGACCUGCGAGAGACAUGGUAACAGUGAGAUGACAGAGUAGGUUGUGCCAGUCACUGAUGACUUAUUUAUUCAUGUACACAAGCAGCUCUGUCAUCAUCUCUUUCGAUGUAAAGAUCAUGUCAUAUUUAGUCUCUAUGGACGUCUUUGUUCCUAGUAUUAAACUGUAUGCUAUUAUUGCAUAGUAAAUGCUAAAAUACUGCUGCUUUUAUUCAAUUAUCACUUGGAAAGAGUGCCUAGAACAAAUACCAAUAUAUGUGCAAUCUUAUGAACCAGAAUCACGAGCGGUUUCAGACAUCACUGAAAAUGGACUAUUACUGAGCUUUACAGUACCUACAGUUCUUUACUGGAGUGUUGUACACAAACAGUGAUCAACCUUUUCUGUCUUUUUUUCCCUAGAAAUGUAAAAAAAAAAAAAAAGAAGCUGAAUGCAUUCUAACGCAACAUUACCUUUUCUUCUGAAGCCAUGAAAAACAAGAUCAAAUCAAAUGAAGUUUGGUGAAACAGUCUACUGUAAACUUAACAGGAUCUUUUUUUUUUCUGUACCUCAUGCCUGUAAUGUUUGCUGCUUACUUAUUCAGUAUUAGUAAUUUAAAUCUCUUAGCAAUAUACAAUGUUGUAAAUAAUAUAAUUAUUUAUUAAGAAUGUUGUCUUUUUUAUUUAUAUUUACACAGUUCAUCUAAGUUAUUUUUAUAUGUCUCCAGUGUUACUUGGUGUGAUCAAAAGUCUUUUCUUCCUUGCUGUUUAUUUCUCUAUUCCGGAUAGAAAGCAUAGGUCUGGCGUAAGAAAUGACCUGUUUUCCCAGCCACUCAAUUUGUGUGAGUAAUGAAUAAAAGUCUCUAAUGCACAAGGAACAUGUUAUAGAAAUGUCACCUUUGGUAAAAUCCUACAAAGCGUUCCUUUGCCGUAUUGACUUCCACCGGUGUUUUAGAUUCCAUAUGUUUGUAUAUUCUGGGGAAAUUGGUCAGAGAGGUUCCGUUUCCAAUUGCUGAGUAGAUACAUUGAACCGGUCUGGAGCUGUGGGGCUCGUGUGGUUUUGUAUAAAUAGUAGAAUAGGUGAGAGAAACUGAAAGACUGCUUGUGGUGGCUCAGCUGCUGAUGUUUGGCCACAUAUAGAAAGCCUCAUGUAUAGAUUCCUUCUAUAAUCCAGCGUGUGUCCCUACAUUUUCAUCCUCACCGCAGAAUGAGGCACGUCCUCAUGUCCAUACAUGCAGAUGAAGUUGUACCUCAGCAAAUUAAUGUCCUAUUUUGUACAUCAAAUUUUGUGAUUUAAAGGUUUCAACCUGUUAGAAUAGCCUGAAGGUUACUUUACAAAUUCUGAGAUUUUUGCCGUAAUUUCACUUUAUGUGUUUCUACACAGCUGUGUAGGUUUUGUACAGGGCUACUAGUAACAUGACUGGACAUCAAUAUUACACCAGUUCAGCAUGUUUUUCUCCAAUCCCAUAGAAGAUAACAGUUGCAUGAUCAAAACCAUGUUCCAAAAGUCUGAGAUGUAAAAAUUUGAUGGUGUGCUACUUUCAUCAUAGUAAAGCAAAUUUAGAUGCAUUUAUCAUACGUUUUUUGCAACGAGAGAUAAUUGACCCAUUAUGUGUCCUUUAAAUAUUCAUUCUGUGUGGUGUUUUUUUUUUUUUUCACAAUGUUUAUAUCUAAAUCAAAUAUGUUACAUGUUAUUUGAUAUAUAUUUAUCCUGGGAGUGUUUCUUUUCAAUGCCCUGCUUCAUUUUGUGUCAUUGUUUGGUCUCCAAAUUUGCAUAUUCUUCUGUGACUGCACUGACAUAAAAAUCAAGACCAGACAUGAUGAUAAACCUGUUGUUCUGUAUCUCCAAAUACAACCCUAAAAGGCUUGACCUCCUACCUUGAUGGUCUCCCUAAGCACUGGUUAGACUCAAUAAACCCACUUUGCUCAGUAUACAUACUUAAUGCACUGUUUUGGGCACUUACCACAAUAUUAUUUUAAUAACCAAUUGAUUUGUACCAUUUGUCAUUUUUCAUGAUUAUCUCUGAUGUGAGCAGUUUGCCACUGUUGUUUGUUCAUUUGUUUGUUUUUCUGUAUAAUGUUGAUAUUAUUUGUCACAGAGCAGACUAGUGUACUGUAUAUUUUCAUGAACUCCUCAAGCAUUAUUAACAGUAAGUACAUUAAUGUUAUUUUUUUCUAUGUAUUAUUUAGAAAAUAAACACUGGUUAAUGAAAUGUAAUUGUACUGCUU